AUGUGGAAAGUGCUGAAGAAGAUGACAGAGUGUACGAAAAGCGCGGCCAUGCUAGACGGCGAACUGUCUAAAUCCUUCAACAUGGAACCGGGGGUUCCACAAAGAAGGUUGCACUCUGUCCCCAACAUUGUUCCAGGGAAGCUGCACUUAAUGUUCGCAAACCGGCACCUCGAUACACGCAUCAAAUUGACGGUUUUGAAAAGCGUAAUCAUACCACCGCUAGAGUACGCUGGAGAAGCAUGGGAAGGGAACAAGAAGGUAGUGAAAGAACUCGAGGCGGCGCAGAUGAAAGCAGCGAAAGCCAUCCUAGGAUGCUCCAAGCGCAUAAGUAAUGCAGCCGUCAGGGCAGACCUGGGGACCCGAUCCCUAUUAUCCGGAAGAGACGCAGUGAAGCUGACAUGGCAGUAUCGCAUGUGCGAGUGGGCCAACCAAAAGAGGGGUAGACAACCCGCGGAGUGGGUUAAGGCUGUAGACGACGUAUUAAACGGGUCCGAAAUCGACGAAGGUGAUACGCGGGAAUCGGAGGGUCUAAGGGGGUUCAUGGAGAAGCUUUCUUUUGCUUUUGCCGAGAGAGAAGAGCAGAAUCUAAGAAAAGAAACCAAGGUUCAGGAGGGCCUAGAAGUGCACGGAAUGUUGAAAGAAGGAACAGGGUUCAAGGAUUACCUACAUGGACCCAUCGAUGCAGGGACAAAGCUGAAGGUCAAAGGACAUUGA